AUGGUGGUGACAGAAGUGCGACCAGAGGUUCUUCUCGGUCUCUCUGGUGCUGGUCGAAUCUGGAGCCCGAAGACGAUCCAGGCCCUGGCUGAGGGUACAGAGAGGCCUCUCAUAUUCCCCAUGUCCAACCCUUCCCACAAGAGCGAGUGCUCGGCAGAGGACGCGGCAAAGUACGCCCAAGGUCGCGGGAUCUUCGCCAGCGGCUCUCCGUUCGAAGACGCCUCCUACGGUGGAAAGGUCCUGCCGAGCAACCAGAGCAACAACCUCUACAUCUUCCCGGGGCUAGCGCUGGGGGCUAAGCUGUGCGAGGCGAAGCUGGUGACGGACGGGAUGAUCAUGGCAGCGUCCGAGGCCCUUGCCGCGUCGAACCGCCCGGAAGACCUUGCGGAAGGGAGGGUCUACCCGGGGCUGUCGGACGUCCGCGGCAUCAGUGUCAGCGUCGCGUGCUCUGUGAUGAAGCAAGCUCACGCGGAAGGCGUAGCGACGGAGGAGAAAGCCAUCGCGGCCAUCGAGAGGGAUAGGCGAGCGUUCGGAGACGACCACGACGACCGAAGGGACGAAGAUAACCUGUCGCCGCUGGGUAGAUACGUGACGAACAAGAUGUACUUCCCCGUCUACACUCCGCUGGCCUACGUGCCCCGUGGUGUUCUGGAGUGACUUGACUCGUCGACUGCUGCCAUCCGACCGGUUGGGGUCAGCACCAGAUACAUAUGAUGCGAAGCAGCCAGCCGCGCGAGGCGCCCAGCCGCGGCGAGCCGCGUGCAUCCGGUAUUAUUGCAGUAGUAUUGUAGUGUUGUAGUGGUAGUGGCUUUUUUUUGUGUGUUUGUCGUGUGCUGUCGGUCUUUUUGUUUCUACUCUUGUUGUUCGCGAUUGUCUUGGUCCUCGAACACUAAUUUACCUAAGGAAAUUUCGGACAAGAAGUCUUCAUUACUUUUUUCGGGAUGCCGCUGACUGAAACCCCAAUUUACAAUUCGGGAAUUUGUUCGGUGUACCUGUCUUGGGGGUAAACACGAGCUCUCUGUCUUGGGAGGAUUGAGGGCCUGCUGUCUGUGCGCAGACUCGAUGUAAACAACCAUUC